AUGCUCAUCGAGGGCUGCAGCGACUUCUUUAUGGGUGAUGUUGAUUAUGAACCCACUGGUAACCGCUUCGAGCCACUCAUACACAUCUUCGAUUCGCCCUUGGAUGCCGAAAUGUGGAUAAUGCAUCAUACCAUCACAGGAGCAACUUUCCGUCCCGGCCUGACUGUUUAUGGUUUCGCUCUCUACAUGCACAACGUUGGACAUGCCCUUUACGAUGGACUCUACCCUAUGUUCGUAUCGAUGUUGAGAUUUGGCUAUGGGGCUGCUGAUGUGAACGUAUUGUUCAAAAUGGUGUAUAACGGCGUAUUAAGACCUGGCAUGCACGUCAUUGGUGACGACAUCGCGCCUGUUUUCGGCGGUGGUACAUAUACUCAUCUCGAUGACCUCACGGAUGGCCUGUAUCGUUUUCAAAGGAUAAUAGUAGGCUCGCGCCGGAUGGCCCAUCGAUCGUUUAAUACGUACAGUACUUUACCUGGUUCCUAUACGUAUGAAAAUUCUCUGUGGUAUUUCUCUCGACGUUUGCAAGCUCGCUAUGGUUUGAUCGAUUCCAAGACGGCUAUGGAUCCUGCGGCUGAGGUCAAAACUGGUGUGUCCAGUGAUGGGUGUAAAGGCGUUAUCACUGACAAUAAGAGGUUUGAUGCUACUGAUAGGAAGAUGUUCUUCGACUUGAUUGAGAAGCUCAAGGAUGAGGGUGUUUGUGACUUUACGUUUGUUGAUUGGAAAAAGUAUACCUUCGAGGAACAACUCGAAUUAUUCACUAAUUCUGAUGUCUAUGUCAGUGGUGUUGGCACUGGUAUCACGAGAGCUCAUCUGACCAGGCCUGGUGGAGCUGUGGUGAAUUUAGGCGAACUUGAGAAAUUUGGCAUCCCCGAACGAGUUCAGAUUUCUUAUCGUGACGUUCAGUUUGCGGCUGGAGCGCCCUACUUGCAAGCCCUCUAUUAUCCUGCUAAGGCCCGACCAUCUAAUGCCUUCGACCUCAAUAGCGUGUCCAAGCCCUGA